GUUGUGAAGUUGAGGAAAUUAGAGGAAACCAAAAUACAGAGAACAUACAAGAAUGAGUGGAAGUGCUGCUUGCCCUUAUAACUCUCCAUAUACUACAACCAUGUUUGCUUUGGAGCAAAACAAAAACCAACCUCAACUACAAGUGUACAACACAACCAAAAUCGAAAAUCCUAAAUGUUUCACUAGUACUUUUACUACUAGUCAUAUUUCUAGUAGUACUAGUUGUAAUUUUCAGAUGCCUUUGCACUAUCCGAGGUACAAGAAAUCCGAUUAUGAGACGAUGCCGGUGGAGAAACUCGAUUGCCUUCUCAAACAGUAUGGACUGCCCGUGAUCGGGGAUGUCAAUCACAAGAGGAAGUUUGCUAUGGGAGCUUUCCUUUGGCCUAGCCAAAACACUUGAAUGAUCCAGGAGCGCUAGUCAUAGAUGCUGAUCUAGGACGAGUUCUGCUGGUUCAACUGAUCGAAUCCCCUAAAUUUAAAUCAUGAAUUCGACUAGAAAUUGUAAUCUCGAUCUAUGAUCAUAGUCAUGGUUUUAGUAUUGAAAUAAUUUGAUGUCAUGUCAUGUCAUGCAUGCAUCCUAUAGGAACCUUAGUAGUGGUUUUAUUUUAAUUUCCUCUGUAAAUAUUUUUAUCCCUUUUAGAAGGUUGCUUUAAUUUACUAGCUAGCUACCAGUAUGGUAGUUUAUGUAUGAUGUACUAAUCUUGUGAGCUCAAUCAGCUGCUGUUAUAAUUUGAAUAAAUUUUAGAAUUCUCAA